AUGAAAAUUCCAACUCAUUUAAUUCCACACAGUUAUGAGGAAGAACUGUCUAGAGAAGGUUCAUCAAGUCAAGACGAAACUAAUCAUAAUCAAAGACAUCAUAAUCUUUACACAUUUAUCUCGCCGCGACCAGAUAUUCAUGAAAUGAUUGAAAGAACACACAUUGAAGAAAUUGAUGCAUUUAACGUAGGUCGAAAUACAGUCGAGUUAAUUAAAAAUGAUCAGAAUCAAUUAGAAGUUUACGAUAAUGAAAAUGAAAUAAAAGACGAAGAAGAUGAAGAUUGUUCCAGUGAGGUUUUGGAAAACCCAUCUGAAGCUGACUUGUUUUUAAACAUUGUCAAGACUCCUUCUAAUCAAUCCAAGUUGGAAUCGAUUGAAAUUAUUAGUGAUGGUGAACUACAACGAAAUACUACUACGUCAACUAACAAUGAUUUCACUGUUUCUUUAUCCCCAAGUACGGCAACUUUUUCUUUCCAGCCGACUAUAGAAGAAAAUCCUAAUGAACAUGAGGGUUCCAGUGUGAUCAACCAAAAAAAAUUAGCAACCAGUUUUUUUCCAACAGUUCCCAAACGGGAAAUAUAUGGAAUUAUGUUACCUAAUGAGCUGACAUCAUUAAUCCCAAAUCAAGAAGAAAGUAACCAUAAAGAAGAAGAGGUGGAAAAGAUGUCACCAUCAACACCACCAAACCUUAUUAAUUUGAAAUUCGCUACACCAAAGGAUAGAAUAUUUGAUGUUUCUACAAAGAUGGAUCAUACUGUUUCCCCUGUUACUCCCAUGAGUAUUUCGUUAACUACUCCUACUAAAACCACUCAUUUGUACCUGACAAAUGGUCAAGAAAUUCCAAAGUCUAUAUUGGCAAGAAACAUUGUGGGACAGAGUACUCCUCAUUAUGAGAAACUUCCCUUGUUGGAUCCAAUAGAGUUUUCCACAGAAAAGCAUUCACCAAAUACUGACGAGGAAUUGGUGUCAUUUAUUGUCUCGAAAAAUAAACUGUUGUCUCACCACCAAAAAUGGCUCGAGACCCUGUCUUCCUUGCCGCCACUGCUGCCGCUGGUGCAAACUUUCAAUGGAGACGAGGCGGGGCUGAACCGAAAAAACUAUAAGCAUGUCUUUCAGUUGAAACGCAUAACAAACAUUGAGGACACCUUAGACGACGAAGACAACGAAGAAGAAUGCAGAAACAACAGUAGUCAAAAAAUAUCACCAUAUUUUGAUUCUCAGGAGAAAUGCAUUCAGUUUAUGCACCCUGGUAAAAAAAAGCAUUUGAAGGAUCUAUUUCAUAAAAACAUCACUACCAGCAACAACAACAACAAAUCCACGUUAAACCAUUCUACUGUUACGUUAACUCCUAACAUCAGGACUGAAUCUUCAUUAAUUUCAUUAAAUUCUCCAGUUUUAUUGACCUUGGAAUCUAACAAGCUUGAUCAAAAUAAACAUACUUGUCGCUCACCGACUCAUACUAUUCAUCAUAAGAGUUCCGAUUCACCAUCCUCCAUACCCCUCUUGUAUAGCCCCAAUCAAAGUAUGGUUUCUAGGAAAAUCUCAUCUAGUUCAGGUAGAACAGCUAGUUCCAAAGACACAAUGAUUGAAGUUCUUGGUAAACCAGAAACAACAGAUUCAAGUUAUAAUAGUAGCCGUGAGUUUAUUCCGACUCGUGCACCACCACCUCCAAAAAUCAACAAUUAUCACAAUGCACAUCAUGAUGCUGACAUUGAAGAAAAUGGAAGUAGUUCUCAAUCAUCAAAGAUAUCGAAACAAGAGAAGUUUCAGGAAUUUUCAAAAAAGCUAUUCAAGAAGAGUUCCCAAUCUUCAUUUGAAGCUAAAAGUCUUUAUGAAAAAUUGAUUCGUAAAGAGAAGAAGAGGCACAGAGAUAAUCAUCUAGGAGUUGACAAAAACAUUCAAACGGAUGAUAUUACAAAUACUUUAACAUUAGAGAUGCAUGAUAUAAAAAAGAAACGGGAAAAACAGUACAAAGAAGAUGUGACGCUGUCAUUAAAAUCAUUUCUAGAUGCAAAGAGCCUGAAUAAUGUUGUAGAUUCAUUUAAAGACUAUGUUGAACGUAGUCUCAUAUAA